AUGGACAAUCAAAAUUUAAACGACUUGUUUGCAUGUGUUGUGCCAAAAGUUCAGAUAUGGUCAUGCUUUGAUCCUAUAAAAUCUUAUAAAUGGGCGUACAAGUGGAAUGGAGUAAAAGCAAAAAUGAUGAUUCAAAACGAUAUGGCUUUUGUGUGGCCAGACGCCGACGCUGUUCAUACAAAACCAUAUAUCGGUAACGGUUUAAAAUUAUUAGAUUCUAUCAAUUUUCAAGUAGAAUUAAUGUCAAUGUGUAUUGUAUUGGUACAAGCGAUAUGUGUGUCGUUUUUUGAUAAAUUAUACGUCAUCGAACCGUCUACGAGUGUAAAAUUUUUAGAUCAUUUGAGACCGUUGUUGACGGACGCAUGUGCCGUGCAAAGUCUUGACAAUUCUACUUAUUUACCAAUAUGUGUGCAAAAAUUUUACGAUUCACCUAGACCUGACGAUUACGAUAAGUCUCUUUACGAUGGUUUUAUAUUAACGCAAGACACCAUGUUGAUUAAAUGGAAACAACCCACAAUCGAUGCAAAAUAUUUAGGAGCAAGAAAAUUUAUGGUCGGUAACGGAACAAAAUUGAUAACUAUAAUUGUAGAUGCCAGUGAACGUGCAGAAGAAAAAUGUGAAGUGGAUUGUAUAUAUGAACUUUCGCCUAAACUAUCAAUUUUACGAAAACGUACAGAUCGAUUAUUGUGUAGUACUUAUAGAGAAUACGAAAUUUUUGUCAAAAGUCUAGAACUCAUGUGA